AUGAGUUUCAAAGGCUUCCAGAAAAGCCUUGUCAGGGCGCCGCAACAAUUCAAGUCAAAGUUCAACAUUGGCGAGCACACCAAAGACGCCGUAUACAUCGACGCCGAGCGACGCUUCCAGGAGCUGGAAAAGGAGACAAAGAAGCUCCACGAUGAGUCAAAGAAAUACUUCGAGGCCAUCAAUGGCAUGCUCAACCACCAGAUUGAAUUUAGUAAAGCAAUGACAGAGGUCUACAAGCCCAUCUCCGGUCGCGUGUCCGACCCCGACUCCAUAAAGCCCGAAGGGAACCCGGAGGGUAUUGCUGCCUGUGAGGAAUAUGAGGCCGUUGUGCUAGAGCUACAGGAGACGCUGGCUCCAGAGCUGGAGACUAUAGAGUCCAGAGUUAUCCGGCCGGCCAACGAGCUGCUGGAUGUCAUCAAGGUCAUCCAAAAAACUGCUGUGAAGCGAGACCACAAGCAGCUAGACUACGAUCGGCAUCGUACCACCCUCAAGAAGCUUCAAGAUAAGAAGGAUCGCUCGGCCAAGGACGAAAAGGCCAUGUGGAAGGCCGAAGGCGACUGUGAGCAAGCAACGCAGGAUUUUGAAUACUACAACAAUCUCUUGAAAGACGAGCUGCCCAAGCUAUUCCAGCUGGAGCAGGAGUUCAUCAAGCCGCUCUUCCAGUCCUUCUACUACAUGCAGCUCAACAUUUUCUACACAUUACACGAGCGGAUGCAGCGGUGCGAUAUUGGAUACUUUGAUCUGACUAGGGACAUUGAGGAGGCCUUUAACGAGAAGCGAGGCGAUAUCCAAGAGCAAGCCGAAGCGCUCAGCAUCGUACGGUUCAAGACUACUGGACAGCGGCGGCCGCCUCCCAAGGUCGGUGGUCGCCCUACGAUCGAGGCUGCUAAGCCUCAGGGAUUGCUCACCGCAGGUUCUGCAACACCAGAGAAGAUGAGCCCCAAGUUCGGCGGCUUCCCAGCAGAAGACACGGGCGAAGCGGCCGCGCCGCCGCCAUAUAGCCCUUCUACGAAACCCGGCCUUUCAACGCUGGUUGCUGGCAAGGCGAAGCCUCCGCCGCCGCCCAAGCCCAAGCCGACCCGUCUGAGCGGUGCGCCGCCGCCUGAGACAGUGACGGCCCUAUACGACUUCGCGGCACAGGCAGAAGGCGAUCUGAGUUUCCGGGCAGGUGAUGUCAUUGAGAUUAUACAAAGAACACAGAAUGAAAAUGAAUGGUGGCAAGGCAAGGUGAACGGAAAACAAGGCCAGUUUCCAGGAAACUAUGUCAAGUUGAACUAG